ACAUGUCAUGUCGAGCUAAUAUCCUGGUUACAGAGUUGUUUGACACCGAACUUAUUGGGGAGGGAGCACUGCCGAGUUACGAACAUGCUCACAAAUAUCUUGUUGAGGAAGAAUGCGAGGCAGUUCCACACAGAGCCACAAUUUAUGCACAGGUGGUGGAGUCAAAGCGCAUGUGGGCCUGGAAUAAAGUGUUGCCGAUUAACAUCCGACUGGAGGGAAGCAAGGGCGAGAGGGUCAUUGUGCCGCCAAGGGACAUGCAGGUGUGUGCUGGGUCUCCCUGUGUCUAUGAUAUCCAGCUGAACCAGGUGAACAGGAACCACUUCACAACCCUCACAGAGGUCAUAGAGAUAUUCAGAGUGGAUUUCAGUAAAGCAGUGAGCAGUUUGCCAGCCCGACACACUGUGCAGGCCAAAGCAACUACCAGUGGACAGGCUCAGGUUGUACUGUCCUGGUGGGACAUAGACAUGGACCCUGAAGGGAGUAUCAAAUGUACCAUGGCACCAUAUUGGGUUCAUCCAACUCCAAAGAAUAUGCAGUGGCGGGAUCACUGGAUGCAGUGUGUGUACUUCUUACCAAAGGAAUUAUUGGUUAAUGAAGGGGAAUGCCUAUAUAUUUCAGCAACGCAUGAUGAUUACUCUGUGUGGUAUAGCCUGGAAUGCAGCAGUGUUACGUGUGGUCCUGAUAUACUGAGUGAGCGCCCCCUCUGCUCUUGCCAGGCUCAUCUCAUGUGUAACAGACAGCGCUUUGGAGAACUAAAUGACCAGCAAAGGAAUGAGGCCUACGUCAAGGCCUUGAAAGCAGUUGUGAGACCAGAUAGCGUGUGUGUAACCAUUAGUGAUGGAAGUCUGCUGUCUCUCUUUGGUUAUUUACUGGGUGCUGCACAGGUUUAUAGUCUGGAGAUUUCUGCCAUGUCCAGACGAGUAAUGGAGAAGAUUUUAGCAGCUAAUGGGCUGACUGGAAAGGUGAUAAUUUCUGAGAGACGUCCAGAGCAGCUAACGUCUAUGGAUUUGGGCAACAACCAGGUAGGACUUUGUGCUUGGAUAAGGAAUGGGCUAAAUUUAAUUUGACCAUGAAUCCUGUGGUUCUAUCAUCUGUAUUCCUAGUCCAUUCAAUUAGUGUUUAAGCUCCAAAUCCACAGCAUUUCUGGAACUCUCCAGACCAGAGAAGGUGGGGCCCUGUUAAUCUAU